CCAGGUCGUGAUGCUCUAUGCCUCUACCUACGUCCUGGUGUCCCUCAGCAUAGACAGAUACCACGCCAUCGUCUACCCCAUGAAGUUCCUACAAGGAGAAAAGCAAGCCAAGGUCCUCAUCGUGGCUGCCUGGAGUCUCUCUUUCCUGUUCUCCAUUCCCACCCUGAUCAUCUUUGGGAAAAGGAAACUCUCCAACGGCGAAGUGCAGUGCUGGGCUCUGUGGCCUGAUGACUCCUACUGGACCCCGUACAUGACCAUUGUGGCCAUCCUGGUGUAUUUCAUCCCUCUGACAAUCAUCAGCUUCAUCUAUGCCAUUGUGAUCCGAACCAUUUGGAUCAAAAGCAAAGGCUGUGAGAUGAUUUCCAACUGUUCAGAUGGAAAGCUGUGCAUCGGUUACAACCGAGGGCCCAUCUCAAAGGCAAAAAUCAAAGCCAUCAAGUACAGCAUGGUCAUCAUUCUCGCCUUCAUCUGCUGUUGGAGUCCGUACUUCCUCUUCGACAUGUUGGACAAUUUCAACCUCCUUCCAGACACCGAGGAGCGCUUCUAUGCCUCUGUGAUCAUUCAGAACCUGCCGGCCUUGAAUAGCGCUAUCAACCCCAUCAUCUACUGCACCUUCGGCAGCUCCAUCUGCAUCCCCGGCAGGUAA